AUGUCGAACAGGUACCGCGAUUUCUCCGCUCCCCUAGCUCGCUCCGGGGCCCCGCGGCCGAUGAUUCGAGCUGGUUUAGACGGCGUCGUUGAGCUUGGAGGUGGAAUCGGUGCCUGUAACGAGCGUAGCGGUUUUGGGUUGGAUUUAGCUUACUGUGCUACCUUCGUGGUUUUUAUUGCCGAUCAGGGGCUGGUACAAAUGCAAUGGUACCACGCCUACAAUUUAACACCUGGUUGCAAUUCAGUUGGCGAAAAUGAAGGGGAUGGUGACUUCUGUAGAAAUAGGACAGUGGUCACGGUCUGCACAUUUUACCAGAACGGUGUGUGCUCUUAUGGCAGCCGUUGCAGAUAUGAACAUGUUGAAGUUUCUUCUGAAUACACCCAACCAUCAACUACUGCAGCACUUGCACCAUCCAACUCUUAUCUGUCAUGGUGUCCUCUUUGUGAGGGGGAAAUAGAUGUGAGCAACCAGACACACAAAAGUUUAUCGGUAUGCUCUGUGCAUCAGUCUACCUGGAGAUUUGAUGAUGAAGAUUGCAUUCCAGAGGAUGGGAACAGCUUGUCAUCAGCGCUAACUGCACAAAACCAAGCGCUCCACCCACUUGCUCAUCUGCCCAUAUGCUCUUUUGCCGCAGCUGGAACUUGUCCCUAUGGGAAAGAGUGCCCUCAGAUGCAUGGGGAUCCAUGCACAACCUGUGGAAAACAGUGCUUGCAUCCCUACCGGCCCAGCGAAGGUGGGGCUCAUAUCAAGCUCUGCAAGAGAAACAACAAACGUCUUGAGACCUUGAAAAAAAGUGAAGAGAUGGAAUGUAGUGUGUGUUUGGACCGUGUGCUUUCAAAGCCCACAGCAGCGGAAAAGAGGUUUGGGCUUCUACCUGAAUGUGACCAUGCCUUCUGUAUCACAUGCAUUAGGAAGUGGCGCAGCAGCUCUCUUACAUCUUCUAUGGAUAUCGACUCUACAGUCAAGGCUUGUCCAAUAUGCCGCAAAGUCUCGUACUACGUCAUUCCUAGUGCUACAUGGUACUCCUCGAAGGAGGAAAAACAGGAUAUAAUUGACGGUUACAAGGCCAAGCUCAAGUCAAUUGAUUGUAGGUACUUUGACUUUGGAAGGGACACUUGCCCCUUUGGUGGUCGAUGUUUCUACAAGCAGCAGUUCCGAAUGAAGCCUAACUAA